GCUUCGGAGUUUGCGUCGUGGACUCUUCUGGAGAGGUCUGUGUCCUCGAAAAGGUUGCGCGUUUUGGGGGAUAAAUCAACGCUAUAACCGAGACACUGGAUAAAAAGCUGGUCAAUUUGUCAACUUUUUGUAAUUAAAAAAGACCAAAUCAUCUCCCUUUUCCGUACUGUCCCUCUAAAGUGCCGAUAUUUUUAGCUAAAAUUGGACGUAGAGGGUGCACCUUUGCGCAGAGACUGGUUUAACGCUGAGAGGCUCCUCUGGGUGCACAAAGACAGCGGCUCGCAGAGGAACUUGUUCAGAGUGAACCAGGGACGCUGGGAGGCGAAAUAAACAAUCUCCGGACUCGAAGUAGCAACGGUCGAGCAGUUUUAUCUCUCGAAACACGCUAUUCCGCCACCCAUCCGAGAAAAACAAGGUAAGGACUUGGUUUAAAUACGUUUCAGCGGGACUUGAGGGCUACGGAGCGGGUUGAACCUCCUUCGCUUUGGCUUCCCGAGCAUGGUUGUUUUUGCAGAAAAUGGCGUCAUCGCCCUCUUGUUUCUGCCUGGCCGCGGCGAGGAGAGGAAUAGUUUCAGAGACUUGUAGCAGCCUUUUACACGCGGCGAUUACUUCCUCAAUGGUAAAAUCUCCUACCGCGAUGUGUUUUAUUCAACAGAGACCGGUCAAAAUACGGGGUUGUUCACCAAUUCGCUCGGUAGAAGGACGCGCAAAGAUGGAAGGGUCACCGGUCCUGUGCGCCAAGCUGCUUCUUGGAAAAGGUGCCACGGAGCCGCAAAACGCAGCGUUUCACAUUCGCCGUGAUAUCAUCCCCGGCCACUCCAGGAUAAUCCAAAUGAUCGGGGACGUUUUAGUGUUGCGGUCACGGUGGCGAUGGACGGAUUCGUGCGAGAGCUGCACCUUGUCUUUGUGUGUAUUUUAUUCGGGUUAGCUCGUUUUUACGCCGCACUCCCCUGCCAUGCUGCAAUAGUUACGAGGGGCCUCUCUUUAACGGCGUGAAAGGUGCAUUUUAUACUUGGCCUUUUCUUUGAUCACGUUAAGCUGCUCUUUUGUUGCUCAAAACAGUGGCGUUUUUUAGGCUGACAAUAUAACCGUGUAAAAGGAGAUUUUCGGGGAUAAUGGGGGGCGAUGCAAAUCGUGCCAUGAGAACGACGACUGCUCUGCGCUCUGGUUCGCGGUUUACCAGACGAAGAUAGCCUGAAUGAGGUAAAAAAUAAAAGUCUUUUGAGCGAAUCGCACAGUUUGCACAAAACCGGGGAAGUCCGGCGCUGCGCAAUGAUUGUGCUGUUGCUUUGCGCAGAGAACGGUGGCAGCUGCUGUAACCGCCGCCACCUUUUCGCCGCUAUAUUUUUUGUGUGUGUUGGCCAACCUUUUGUAAAUAGUUGGACUCUUGGAUAAAAGAGCACAAUAGCAUUCAUGCGGGCCCUUUAUGGCCUGUGAAUGUGGUCCUAAGUCACACUCUGGCUGUCCUGUCUUUCGCCGUCAGCUACGUGCAUGCGUCCUAGCUCUGGCCACCACACAUCCACCAUAGCGAGGCCACUGGGUUCCCUGUGUAUACGCUCUGCUUGGUUCCUCCUGUGGCCAAAAGUCGAUGACGGAUCGUGUGGUGAGUGCUAGCACAGGCCACUGGGAUUAAAUCGAAACAACCACAAAAAAUCAGCCACGGAGACUGCACAUCGCUCGCUCCGUGCACAUUUUUAUUAAGUUUCCUGAGUUAUGCAACCGCAUCCCCGUAGAGCGAACUGCUCAUCCGCCUUUAUUUACUCGUCCCCCGCCGUCGGAUGGAUAUUUCUGUGGUAAUAUCUGGUGAAUUGGACCAGUCCCUGUGGCGACGACACCGAAUUAGGAAGAUAUGUCAUUUGCAAAUCACCCAGUGCCAUUUGCGUCACAGCCCGCGGCCUCGCACGCCCAUGGGGGGCGAUGGAGUUGCAAAUGGAGACUGUGUGUGUGUGCUGACGCUGCCCCAGCUGAACGAGAACCAAUAGACACGGACUCGGGCGGCAACAAUCGCCGUGCGCUUUCACUCUCCAGUAGUGCACCGACUUGGAUUUCGUAUAAACACGGAAGAUCGCGCCGUUUAUUCGAGAUGGUUAUGUUUCCAUCGCUCUCCCUGGGAUGCUUUUCUUACAGAUUCUUGAUUUGGACACCACAGUGUUGCAAAAAUGGGUUACAGGUGUAUGCUGGUAGUGAACGUGUGGGGCAGCAGGCCAGUCUUGGCAGCAUGGUGAAGGCCCAGAAGUCAGCUGGGAGGAAGAGCUCUAACUGUCCCCGCAGACAGAGUGGUGUUCAGCCAGAGAUGGAGGGAGGCCAACUCCAUUCGGACACCCAACAUCAACAGGUGCAACCCAGACAUGGAGAUCAGUGCUCUGAUCAGCUCCAUCUUCAGACCUCUGCUUCAGCUGAGGCGCUGCCGGUGAAAUGGGACCAGAAGGAAACUCCAGUGGAUGUUCAGGAAAGGGGCAACUCUGCUGGACAGCACCAGGGUAAGCCUCUGUGGAAGCCCAUUCCCCCUCUACUGCCUGAGCCUCAUAGGAACACUUCCACUGAGACCAGGGACCAGAGCUGCCAGACUGAGGAGCAGUUUCUGCAGACGAGUGCCUGCAAACAUGGUCAGAACACAGGUCUCUGUGUGGAGCCGGGUGAUCCUCCUCUGCUCCAGCAGCCUCUGCAGACCUCCAAGUCUGGGAUUCAGCAGAUAAUUGAAUGCUUCCGUUCUGGCACCAGCCAGCUAAAACACAUGCUGCUAAGGGAGGUGGACACCAUCUUUGAGUGUAAACUGUGCCGCAGUCUGUUCAGAGGCCUGCCCAACCUCAUCACACAUAAGGAGUACUACUGCCUAUCACGCCUGCCUGAAUCUGAUGGUUCAUCAGGUGAUGACAGGCAGAGUGUUGCCAUGAAGGAUUUACUGGAUGCUAUCUAUCCACGAGCCGAUCGGCCAGAUUACGUAGUCCGACUGGAGCCCAUUCAGACCACCACAAAGGCUGUGUUUCAGUACCUCACCACAGAGGAGGAGCUUGCUCGGUUUCCAUCACACACACCCAGUGCCAGAGAGAGUCCAGUAAAUUGGGAGGGUGAAUCAAUGGAAAGUGUGGAGAAUAACCAGGCAAACCAGACAGGUGGACCAGAAAGCCACAACAGCCCAGGACACAACCAGGGACAGAGGAGAUGGGAGCCUGAAGAGGAGGCUAAAGAGGAGCAGCCACCGCCUGAGGAUGAGGGGUCCAACAGUGGGGUUGAAGAUGUGACAAUCUCCUGUUGUCUUUGCGGUCAAGACUUCAACUCGCGCCGCAGCAUCAGACGCCACUGCCGCAAAAUGCACCAGACAAAACUCGAGGAACUCAGAAAGUUUACAGAGACACGCACAGUUCCUACGAGCUUGCUGUCCAUGGUGAAAGGUCGGCCGAGGACACUCAGCACACCUACUGGAAAGUCAUGUCCAGUGUGCCUCAAAACCUUCGCUACCAAAGCUAAUGUGCGACGCCACUUUGAUGAGGUGCAUCGUGGUCUGCGAAGGGACACCAUCACACCCAGCAUCGCCUCACGCCCCGGCCAGCCCUUCUCACUGGAAGUCACGCCUCCCAGAAAGAGCAGCAAUGCCUCGCCAACACGUGGCCACAGCUCCAAGUCCACCCCUGUGAACUCUAAAACAUCAUCUUCAAACCAAAACCAAGCCAAACCUCAGACUCAGCUCCCGGCCUCGACACAGGCAAACUCGGCAUCAUGCCGCUGCACGCUCUGCAAGAGGAAUUACAGCUCACAGCUCAUGUUGAAGAGGCACAUGCGUAUAGUCCACAAGAUAUACAGCAUGAAAAGCAGCAAGUCUUCUAGUACAGCAACGUCCACCGCUGCAGCAGCCACUUCCAACAGCAGCAGCACUAACUUGUCUGUCAACAACAAUGUCAGGGUUAAGGAGGAAGCAGUGGAGCCCUCGGAUGAAGAAGACGACGAGGACAUUGUCAGCAGUCCAGCACCUUCUCCUAGUGACAGCACUGGCACAGCUAAAGGAGUUUCUGUGGCACACAAUGCCACGAAGGUGAAGGAGGAAGAGGCCCCGUCAAGCCCAAAAAUGACAUCAUUAUCAUCAUCAUCAUCAUCAUCCUCCCGUGGGGGAAACGCGUGUAGUGGCAGCAUGGCCACCAAAAUGACGAAACUGUCAGUGGGCUUUGACUUUAAGCAGCUUUUCUGCAAGCUGUGCAAACGACAGUUCAGCUCACGUCAGAACUUAACAAAACACAUUGAGCUGCACACAGACGGCAACGACAUCUUCAUUAAGUUCUACCGCUGCCCUCUCUGUCGCUACGAGUCGCGUCGCAAGCGCGACGUCUUGCGUCACGUGACCGUAGUUCACAAGAAGUCAUCCACGUACCUCGCCAAGAUCAUGCCCAAACUGGAGAGUAGGGCAGUGAAGAGGCUAGCAGAGGUAGUCCUCAACAAUUCGAACAAGAGGACAGGCAGCAGCGUCAAAGAGGAAGUGAACGGACGUCACGCUUCGUCGUCUUCCUCCCCCUCACCUCCCGUCACUCGUAAGCAAGAGUGCUCCACAACUGGCCCAACAGCCUCUUCAGCCUCCUCUUCCUCUGCCCCACCUCCAGCCCCCGUCACUCGUAAACAACAGGAGCUGUCGUCGACAGUCUUCACCCCGUCCCCUCCCGUCACCCGUAAGCAAGAGAGACAGCAGACCCAUCAGCACCACCCCAUCAGUCCCCCGCUGACCCGUCGCAGCGAAAAACACACACACCAACGCAACAACUCCUCCUCCUCCACCAACACCACCACCAUCACCUCUUCCUCACCCAGCAACCAAACCCCACACACGCGGCGACAUGACGCCCAGUCUGAGAGCAGCACGGGGACAUCGUCCACUGAAGUCAGAGUGACAAAGAAUUUCUCCCUUCACGCUUGUGACCAGUGUGGACGGGCCUUUGCUAAGAAGUUGUACCUGGAGUCACAUAAGCGAAGCCAUCGUAACGCAACGACAGCAGCAGCCAGCAGGAGGAAAGGAGUCAGCACCCGCUCCAAAUCCCUGGUUUGGUGAAAAACACAGUACCCCCUGGAAUAAAGGGUUAGCGAGCCACUAACGAUGACAAACUGGAAAAAUAAUAGGCAGAUGGAGCAAGCACAGGAAAAAGAUGAUGGAAAUGUGAAGGAAACAAACAAAAAAGGAACAACGGAGCCCGAUGGAGGAGUGAAGUGCAAACAGUUUUAUGUUCCACAUUUGCUUAAGAACCAAAUAUAUUGUUGGAAUCUCACAUUCAUGUAUAAUUUCAUGAUGAAGCCAGCCAGCAUGCUGGAUGGUGGCGCUGCUAUCUACACAGAGACUCACUACUGGUAUAUAUAUUCUCUAUUUACCUACUACAAGAUGUGAAUAUGGAUCCAUAUGCAGAUGACUAGUUUGUACUGCUUUGCUCCUGUAAACGGCCUUUAGUAAAAGGAUGAAGUUAAUCUAUGGAUGUGUGUGUGUGUGUGUGUGUGUGUGUGUGUGUGUGUG